CGCUGACGAGUUUUUUACUCUUUUCUACCCCCAUAUACCACGAGUGGCGGACAGCUGAGCUGAGGAGGGAAGGAAAAAAUGUGGGGAAGUUUGGCUCUGGCGCUCGCUAUCUGCGUGUUCCUGGAGAGAAUUUGUCGAAGCGGGCUAAAAUGGUGGCACAUGAGGAAGUUGGAAGCGGCUCUCCGCGGCCAAGGGCUCAAAGGACCGCCUCCAAUCUUUCUGGCUGGAAACGUCGUGGAGAUAUUAUUCAGGAGAGAAGCCGCGAGGAACAAAGGCAUGGAUGGAAUAAGUCACGACAUCGUUGCUCAUGUGAGCCCCGACGUUGCUGCUUGGUCCAAGUUAUACGGAAAACCGUAUCUCAUACGGUGGCUGAGCGAACCGAGGGUUGUAGUCUUCGACCCCGACUCCAUCCGAGAGAUUCUCUCCAAGCAGUUCGACAAAUUCGAAAAAUCGGAGCAGCAGCUCGAGUUUGUGCUGGACUUCAUCGGCGCCGGUCUCGUUGGAUUGAAUGGAAAUAAAUGGUCGCACCACAGAAGCGUCCUCUCUCCUGCCUUUCACACGCAGAGGCUCAAGGCAAUGCUUUCUUCCAUGACAAAUUGUACUGAAAAGCUGGUGGAGAAGUGGAGCAGGCGCGUGGGGCAUGCCAAAGGACUAGAAACCGAGGUGGAAGUCCAACAAGACCUCAAAAGGCUGGCGGCUGAUGUCAUAUCUCACACCUCGUUUGGUAGCAACUACGAGAAAGGCGAGCGAGUUUUCCAAGGAUUAACUCUGCUGGGAGUGCUGCUGGUGAGAUGUUUCCACAACUCGUGGCUACCAUUCUUCAGGUACCUUCCUACAAAGCUAAACUUCCAGAUAUGGAAGCUACGCAGAGAAAUCGAUGGCACUCUGUUGUCAUUGAUCCGAGAGCGAAGAAUCGCCGCUGCUAAGCUGGGAGAGAGAUCGUCUCAUCCAUAUGGAAGCGACUUGCUGGGCUUGAUCCUCGAGGAAGGUGAAACGGGCGGUAAGUCUGUGAAGUUUCCCGAGCAAGCUAUAGUGGACGAAUGCAAAACUUUCUACCUCGCUGGCCACGAAACGAGUUCCUCAUUACUGGCCUGGGCGCUCCUAUUGCUCGCAACACACCCGGACUGGCAAGAGAAAGCCAGAGCCGAGGUCCAGCAACACUUUCCCAAUGGAGUGGACGAUGGAGAAACUCUGAGCAAGCUCAAAGUGGUUGGUAUGAUAAUCCUUGAGACUCUCAGGCUUUACCCCGCUGCCGGGGAGAUGAACAGAGCGAGCUCCCACGACACAGUGCUCAGCAAUGGAAUCAAGCUUCCUCGAGGGACGGGGAUCACCAUUCCCAUCCUGUCGCUCCAGCACGACCCGGAGCUGUGGGGACCGGACGCGAACGAGUUUAGGCCGGAGCGCUUUGCGAAUGGGACGACGAAGGCAUGCAAGCAUCCAAACGCCUUCCUUGGUUUUAGCUUCGGCCCCCGAGUGUGUAUUGGGCAGGGACUCGCAGUGAUGGAGGCCAAGGUCGUCCUCGCAAUGCUGCUGCAAAAUUUCUCCUUCCGGCUAUCUCCAAACUACCGGCACAACCCCACGGUGCAAAUCGUGAUCCAGUCCUUCACUGGCAUCCAGCUGCUAGUCCAAAAGAUCUAAGGCAUUGUCAUCACAAUAAGUUAAAUGUUAAUAGGCUUUGGAAAAGAAUCUUCUUCUUUCUUUU